CAUAAUUAUACGUAUUUUUCUUCCAAAAUGGAAGCUAUCGACGAAGAGAUUAAAAACGAACCGCCCAUCAAUAAGAUUCCAGAGACAGUCGUACAGUACCAGCUGAAUAGUAGUAUCCAGAUUGAGGAAAGAAAGGAAGAGCCCUCCUUGCAAGAACGUUCUGAGGAGAACCCUGACGAUAGUAUUAGGUCAAUAGAGAUCCAACCACUUCCCAUUGUAGCUCAUGAUUAUGUACCUGGAGAUGAGGAACCUAAUAUACAACCAGAUGUAGGAGCUUAUUACGAUUAUUACCAACGGGAAAGACUUGAAAAUGAAAGACGUUUCUUCUUAAACCUUGCAAUCUUUAGAGGAGUUUACGAGAUAAUUUAUCUCUCACCAGUGAUAAUCCUUUACCUCGUCAAUCAAGGUAAAGACUGAGGAGCAUCGAUGAAUGUGGUCAUCCUGAUAGAAAUAUUGCUCAGAUUAUGUCUUUUCAACUUAAUUAGAAUCCCGUUGCUAACUUUUGGAAGGAACUCAAGAUACCUAAUGGGAACUUACAGAAUAUUCGCAAUACUGAAAUUCUUUGGAAUGUUUCUCUGGAACAUCACAUUUAUUGUACUGUUCUCAGUAUCAACCAAUCGAUGAAUUGAUAAAGCUGCAGUACUCUGGGUAUCGACUUUGCUGGUUUUCCUUCAGAGCAUUAUAGAAUUUCUCCUCAGAGUUUCAUUUUUCUUGUUGCUUAUAGUAGCAAUAAUUGCCCAUAGAGCAGAUCCUGAGCUCAGAGAGCUCCGUGAAAUGAGAAUGGACCGCAAAUUAAUCAUUAAGAUAGUCUCGAAAAUUAAAAACCUCAAGCUUUCGGAUAAUGAACUGAACAAAGGUGAAGAUAAUUGCUGUAUUUGCUUAGAGAAUUUUGAAAACGAUUCUAUUGCUAUCUUCCUCCCUUGAAAUAAGAAGCAUAUAUUUCACUACCCAUGCAUAUCUGAAUGGUUAUCGACUCAAGCAAGAUGACCUAUCUGCAAGGAGAUUCUUUCAAUGAAAGCAAUAGAGGGUGCCAUUAAAACCAUGAAAAAUAAAUAA